AUGUUGCACCGAUUAUCGCUGCUAUGGAUGGCGUUGUUUGGCAUAUUGUUGCGUCCUAGCAAUGCAAUCACCAAAAGUUUUGUGAAUUCGUCGAUGCCUGACAUGCGGCCAACAUUUGUUGUCAACUUUGACACUGGUACUGUUAUUUGUCAACACUCUCCGCAUCCGGGUGAUUUACAUUUGCAUCAAAUCUCAAUCAUAUGCGAUGGCAAGCCAGACUGCUACAGUAAUCCAGCAAUACAUGACGAGAGCUUUCCAUAUUGUGGUAGCCAAUGUAACUCGACAUGCAAUCAGCGUGGCGCAUGCUUGUUCGAUGGAACUCAGGGACAGUGCUAUUGCAAUGCUGGAUAUCAUGGCCCUCAUUGUGAGCUUAAUGAUAACAAUGAAUGCAAAGAUAAACCGUGUCAUUGGUUGGCGCAUUGCCGUAAUACUUAUGGCUCAUAUUCUUGUACCUGCUUUCCCGGGUUUCAAGGAAAUGGACAUGAAUGCACCGAUAUUAAUGAAUGUAAGACGGGGGAAGCGAAAUGUCCGGAACAUUCAACAUGCGUUAAUCUACCGGGUACAUACUUCUGCAACUGUACUGAAGGAUUCCAACCAUUGGGCAUACCUCUUGAACGUUGUGCUGAUAUCGAUGAAUGCGCCCAAGAAAUGCAUAACUGUCCAGAGAAUUUUAAAUGCCAAAAUGAGAUUGGUAGAUUCAAGUGUGUGGAAAAAUGUGACAGUGGAUAUCGUUUGGUAAAUGAGACGUGCGUUGACAUCAAUGAGUGCAUCGAAAAGACUUUUGAAUGUAACAAUCGUGCUAGUUGCGUGAAUAUAGCCGGGGGUUACCAGUGCAUAUGUGAAGAUGGUUUUACCGGUGACGGUCAAAAUUGUACCCCGCUAAAUGAUUGUAGUCAACAAGAAGGUAUUUGUGAUCGGCAUGCUUUUUGCAUUGGUACUCUGCGAAUGUGUGUAUGCCAAUCAGGAUAUAUUGGUGAUGGGUUGAAUUGUUAUGAUGUAAAUGAAUGCGCAGCAAGAAAUAAUCCUUGUGAAGGUCAAAUCGGUGAAUUGCGCUGCGUGAAUAUCGAUGGUGGCUAUAUCUGUUGUGAGCAAGAUCUGGACGACAUAAAAUGCAUUCGAGAAAAGGGUGCAUUCUGUUCUGGUGGAUGUGGAUUACAUGCCAUAUGUUAUAAUGAAACAUGCCAAUGCAUGGAAGGAUUUAGUGGUGAUCCGCAAGUUAAGUGUUCUGAUAUAAAUGAAUGUGAGGAUGAUAAGCGAUGUCCGGGUGUUGGCGAAUGGUGUGUGAAUCUGUUCGGUGGAUUCGUUUGUUGUAAUAUCGAUUCGAAAAAUCCUGAAUGUCUUCAUAGCAAUUCCAAAGUUAAUGGCAUUCGUCGAACUUUUUCCACCGGUAGUAUACAACAGAAAACAGCAGGCGGCUUUGUAGUCAUCGGCAGACAGGUCACAUCGUCGGAACAGUUUGGUAUUGCAUGCUAUUUUGGAUGUCCCGCUGAUUCGCACUGCGUUAACGAUAGCUGCCGUUGUAAUGAUGGUUUCAUUGGAAAUACCUUUGAAGGUUGUGUUGAUGUUAAUGAAUGCGAGCUUGGCCUGUGCAACCAAUCAGAUUCAUGGUGUGUUAAUUUGCGUGGCUCAUUCGCAUGUUGCACUAUUGAUUCCACUUUAUCGGACUGUAUCGGCUUAGAAAUCAUUCAUGAAAAUAAUCUCGCUACUGGUAAUACUAGAGGAGAGCAUCCUACAUUGUCUUCUGCUAUGGAGAAAAUUCUAGGUGGCAUGGGAGUUGAUACUUCUGGGUCUGGUAGUGCUACCGAUGCUGAUGAUACUGGCAGUCCAAAUGAGUCUUGGAGUAUUAGCUCUAGUAGAGGUGAAUUAAGUGACAGUGGAAAAAGGAAUAGUUGGGAUAUUGAAACGGUCGGAGAAUGGAAAAAUUUCAUGGGUCAUGCUGUAAUUAUUGGGCGUGGACGAAUCGAAAGCAGAAAAUGGAACGUGACAAGGGAUAGAAAUGGAACACUGAUUGGCAUCGAAGUGCAUGGAAACCGGACAGAAGAAGAGAAGUAUUUCGCAUCUUCAAUCAAAGAAGAAAGCGAUGAGGCCGGUGAAGAGGGUAAAGAAACCGAAGGAUCUGGUGAAGGCAUUGAAACUAGCGAUAUUCUUGGAGUAGGAAGAACAAUUCAGGAUGGAACCCUAAUUUCGCUGCAUUCAGGAGCUAGAAGUAGUGAAAAGGUAUCUGAUGGAAUCUUGGCAAUCAGUACAGCUUCAGCGCUGCUAACGAGAAGAAACAAAAAACCUGAAGUCAUCAUUUUCCGGUCUUCGAAAGCACCGAUAAAUCAUACACUUAUUGAAUCAAGAACAUCGAUAGAAGGAAGUUCAAAAAGUCUGGCUCCCCUGUAUUCAACUCUAAAGUCUCCAAAAAACUUAGCGACGAAAGCUCUUAGAACACUUUCAAGUGAGAUGAAUAGCAGUCAAGAUAGUUCUGGAAAAUUUACAACUUCUAAAGUCCCCGAAACUACCUACAAUAUGGAUGCUGAACCUGAAGCAGGAUCAAUGAAAAGUGUAAAACUUGAAACAACUAUGAUUCUGGAGAUUGGCAAGACAGAAACAACAAUUAUGGCAACUGAAAGUAAUUUGACUAAAUCAAAGGAAUCAAUAGACACAAAGACAAAUGUCGAAACAAAAACAGCGAGAGCUACCGACAAAAAAGCUUCUUUGACAACACCAUCGAACAUGGAAGAGCAACUCAGAACCACUGCUUAUAUUACCAGUAAAGGUUUCGAAAUGCAAAUGCAUUUGACUAAUAAGGAAAUUAACGACUCUUCAACCGUGCAAAAUGAAGUUAUAAUUACUGAAGCAAUAACUUCACCUUCCAUUCCAGAAAGCAAAUCACAGUGGAAGAAGGAAGAAGAACAGAAACUGCAACCAAAAAAUAUAGCAACAACAAUUUCUGGAGCUGAUGUAGUAAUUAGUGUAAAACAGGAAACCAUCACACCAACUAUUAUUAAGAUCACUCCCAAAGAAACAAUAACUGUUAUUCCAGAAUCUGAUUCAUCAGCCUCAACUACAAUUGCACAUUCAAAAUCUGAAAGACCAGCCAAACAUGGAACCUCCAGCCCACCUGAAGAGCGAUCACAUAAAACCACUUUAAAAUUUGGUUUGGAAAUAGCUAAAGCUGCGCUAACGACUGAUCGACAAACUGAGAUUGAAGUAUUAAAAGUAUCUGGCGAACAUGUUUCAGAAAGUAAUGAGACUGCUGAGGUGAAUGCUAUAUUAUAUAAUCCAUAUUCGAAAAGCACUAAAUCAGUUCAACUUAUAGAAAAUACUACGAAAUUCGAAUCAAACUCAUUAUCAGUACCACAGAAAAUUGGAUCUAAUAAAUUGCAAUUCAUCCAAAAAUCAGUUUCAACUGAGACGAUGCAGACGAAAGCUGGAACGAUUACUUUAGAAAAGUCUUCAGAAGAACCGACAGAGAUUGUUGAAAGCACUGAAGUGCCUUCAAUAUCUGAGCAAGCAUCUGAAAAUUCUGAAACCGAUAGUAUGAUAUCACGCAAUAUUGAAAUUGUAGCGAGUUCAGUAAGUAGUCUUUCAUCUUUCAAUCAGCUUUCUACAGCGGGACCUAAUGCAGUAUCAGUUCCAUUCACUAAGCCAGUAAGUCAAGAUAAGUCGCCGGUAAUUGUUGCAAUGCAAUACACUGUUACAUUAACAAAUGUAACACCAACUGAGAGCGGAAUCGAUAUUCUCGAGGAAUCGUCUACACCUGGGCCUAUUCGACUUGGCAAUUCACUCACUAGCCAAGCAACAACUGCUAACCUAUCAGUAAAACUGACAUCUGAAGAUGCUGUAGAUGAGGUAAUAGCGAUGAGGAAUGAAAAAAUAGAACCUAUUUCAGGCGACAGUGAAACUGUGGUCUUAACCACAAAAAAUGGUAAAGUACCCACAACAAACGAUGUGGAACUGGAGGGUUCAGGCGAGGAAAUGAUUGAAUUGCAAACUGUCAGUAGCACCAACGGUUUCGUUUCAGACACUGCCAUCGAAACAAAUGAUCAUUUAAAAACAAUAGCUAUUGAUCAGAAGAUUCACGAAAUUGGAGUAGAAAUUGUACUGGUGAAUGGAUAUCCUGAAACAACAGAAUCUAUAAGUGACGAGACGAGUAUGCCAGUCCAGAGAAAUUGGAAUAAUAUAAGCACAUCACCAAAUAUCAAUUUAAAUACAUCGCUUACCUUCGUGACCACUCAUAAAUUAGAGAGUAAGAAUAUAAAGUCUGCUUCAAAUUUUCUUGGGGGAAAAUCGACUACAGCAGAAUCCUCAACAUUUGAUUCUCAUGGAACCGAGGAAUCAACAGAUUCUGGAAGUAGUCCGAUAGAUUUUGAGAAAACUGAGAGUGUAGUAGACAUAAAUACUAUUCAAAACAUGGAAGCUACACCUGAAACCACUGCUAGCGAAAAACAGGAUUCGUUCGAAGAAAGAGGAGUUGUUACUAAUGAAGAAAUACGUCCAACUACAAGUAUUUAUAGAUCUGAAAAUGCAUCGAGUUCUACAUCUGGUAUAACUGAAAUCGCAAUGAUUUCGAAACCAUCAGCAUCUGAAUCUACGAAAGAAAAAAGUUCAGAAAUGUUCCUAACGACAAGUGAAACUUUGACACCAAUUGGUAUGGGAACUAGACUCAGAAAUACGUUGGAACUCGUAGGUAGUGAUAAAACUACUGUUCUUCACGUGGAUGAUGGAAAAUUAGGAGCCGUUACUACUCCGCAAUCCAAACAGUCGUCAGUAGCAUUUUUAACCUUUACAACUAAAGAAAUUCUUGUAAAAGCAUCCAAAACCAGUGAAGAACCAACAAGUUCGACCGCAGAAAACACAACAAAAGUUAAAACUAUCACUGAAGGAGCAGAAAAAGGUGUUAUGACGACUGAUGAGGGAAUCAAGUACUUCGCAUAUUCAACUGCUAAGGAUUUGAAUAUUAGCUCAAGAUCUGCAACUGUAACAGAAGCUGAUACAUGGAAGCCCAAUACUAAAAAUAUAACAGAACCAAUGAUUUCCACAAUUUCAGAAGCUACAUCAGGAGGAAUACAUUCCGACAUAAUCAGAUAUGGAAGUCCAUUUUUCAGGAUAGCUGAAAUACCUGGUACAACUGAUUUAACAGAAGCGGACUUAUCACAAAGAUCAACACUUUCUAAGAGUAAUUUAGAAAUUGUAUCAACAAUUGGUAGCACAAAAGUUUUUAAAACAGAGAGAGAAACUGCUGGAUGGACGUUGAAACCGGAAGAAGUAGAAAAAAGUGAUAUUAUUCUAAAAAUGAAAACAACAGUUCCUAACCUCAUUUCUGGAAUCUCCGAAUCAACUAUUUAUCCAUCAGGGACUUCCAUAGAAGUUGAACAAACAUCAAUGAAAGGCUCAGUUAGCGAUGAAAAUCUAUUCAGAAUAACUCAGCAAGAAACUGUAAAUCCUCUCUAUGCUAAUAUUUCAAAAUCUAACGAAUAUGUGACAGCUACCAAAGAAACGUAUACUCUGCAAGAAAUCACGGAAACAGCAAUUACUCAGAAUGAUACCCCCGUCUUAUCUUUGCGUUGUCGAAGUAACGAUGAAUGUGGAACAGAUGCAUACUGUGAACGACGAUCUGGAGUUUGCCGUUGUUAUCCGGGAUUUGAUGGACAACCGCCGAUGACAUCAUGUGUCGAUAUCGAUGAAUGUGAGCGGCAUCUGGAUGAUUGUCAUUUAACAGCUCGAUGCUCGAAUAUAGUUGGUGGUUUUAUGUGUUUCUGCGAAACUGGUUACCGGAUGUCAAAAGAACAUAUUUGUGCAGACAUUGACGAGUGCCAAGAACGUGCUGGACGUCCUUGUAGUCAGCAUGCUACCUGCAUCAAUAUGCCGGGAUCUUAUCGGUGCCAAUGUAAUCUUGACUAUACAGGUGAUGGGUACACAUGCAUUCCGAUAGACAAGAGACACUGUAGAGAAGAAGAACUGGCAAAGUCUAACUGUGGAAGGAAUCAAUUGUGCUUAGUGGAUGAUAAAGGUGAAAUUGACUGUGACACUUGCAAGAAGGGUUUUGUGAAGGAAGGAACGGAUUGCGUAGACAUUAAUGAAUGCGCUCAAAAUGGUGUGUGUCAUGAAAAUGCAUUCUGCGAGAAUAUCGAUGGUUCUUAUUCGUGUCACUGUCAAUCUGGCUACAAAGGAGAUGGUAACAAAUGUGACGAUAUUGAUGAAUGCCAGAAUAAUCCAUGUCAUCCUCAAGGCAUUUGUAUCAAUUAUCCUGGUUCCUUCAACUGCAAGUGUCCGGAUGAAUGGGUUGGCGAUGGCAAAAACGAAUGUAUCAAUCCGUCUGAUACUGCUUGUCUGGAUAAGUUAUCAGUUUGCAACCAAGUCAACCAUACAUCAUGCUUAUCAGUCAACCUGGGUAACAUGACGAGGUCGAUAUGCGAAUGCGUCGCUAAUUAUCGAUAUAAUCAUGACAAACGUAUCUGCGAAGAUAUUGAUGAGUGUGUGGAGAACCGCCACAGCUGUGAUCCCUCGAAUUCGAUUUGUGUUAACACAGUUGGUGGCUACAUAUGUGUAUGCGCACCUGGCUAUGAAGGUGUAGGAGGUGUCUGCGUCGAUGUUAAUGAAUGUGAACGCGGUAUCGCUGGUUGCAAUCUGCUUGCUCGAUGCGAAAAUCAUUUGGGAAGUGUCGGAUGCAAGUGCCCACCGGGAUUCAUUAGUAAUGGUGUACAUUGUAUUGCUGUCAAAUCGUUUACAAAAACUAAUUCUGACUGUAACGAUGAAUGGAAGAGGACUUGUCGUGACGUGAACAGAACAUGUCAUAUCGAUGAUGAAGACGUACAACAAUGUGGCUCGUGCAUUAUUGGUUAUCAACCAUUAAAUGGAAGAUGUCUUCCAGUACAAGAAGCAGGUAAUUGCGCGAAUCCACAGAAGAAUGAUUGUGAUGCGAAUGCGGAAUGCAUCGACGUACAUCCAGGGCGUCAUUUCUGCACCUGUAAAGUGGGAUAUAUUGGUGAUGGACGACACUGUGAUGGUCCUAAUUGUCAUUUGAACGUAUCCAUGUGCCACAAAAAUGCUCGAUGUCAACUUGAUGGGAACUGUAAAUGCAAUAGUGGAUAUCACGGAGAUGGAGUUGACGUAUGUCAAUUGGAAAGUGGGAAGGAACAGGCUGAAAGAAUGUUUGAAAAUAAAACGGACAUCUCAACGGUCAUAAAAGCUGAUAAGGUGAAUCAAGAGACCAAAGAAAAAAGUGUAACGUUAACCUAUGAUUCUGUUUCUGCUUCCGGAUUCGGCACUUCAUUCACAGUCAUGCCCAUCACAGAAAUAACUCAAACGGCAAAAGAUGUGAGAUCUCAGCAAAGCAGUGCUGUGGGAGCAAUGACAAGAAAAGACACCAGUAUAACUGAAGAAAAUUCAGAAAAAGGAAGUAUUAUCGCUGUUACUACUUCUAGAACUUUACCGGGUUGGAUAAGUGAAACUAGUCACGUAAUGAUAUCUGAGGGGUCUGGCGAGGAUGACGCUAUCAAUAGAGAUUGGCAACUUAGUACGAAGACUGAUAACAAAUUAUUUACUGCUACAGCUUUACCUUCGGAAAUGGCAUCGGUGCGUGACGGCGUGAAAGGAACUACAGGUGUUUUUGGCUUUGAUGCCUGGGUUCAUUCAGGCCCUAUUUCUUUGCCUAAAGGCGCUAUCAUUCCGGAAAGGAUUCAGAAAGCGGGUAUACAUAAGUGCACUGUUGCCAAUCAUUCAGCGUGUCAUGAACUUGCAAUUUGCGCAGAACAAAGCGGCGAGUGCGUUUGUAAGUUGGGAUACCACGGUGAUGGAUACUCCAUUUGCAUGAAAGAUACUGAAGACUGUACUUACGACCCAACAGUUUGUGAUUUACGCGCUGUGUGUGACGAAUUGACGCAUACCUGUAAAUGCAUUCAAGGUUAUAUCGGUGAUGGCGUUAUUUGCGCCCCGGAUACCUUUGACUGUUUGCUGAGGCCAAACUUGUGCAGCAGUUUUGCUGAAUGUAUUGGUCGAAGAUGUAUAUGCAGUGCUGGAUAUACUGGUGACGGUACCGAAUGCGUUAAAGUCGAACCAUUGCAAGACUGUACACGAUGUGAUAUCAAAGCAAAGUGCUACAAUACAACUUGCAUUUGUGAUAAGGGCUAUUUUGGUAACGGCGCAAUUUGCAUCGCUGAUCCAGAGGACUGUAUUCAUUAUCCCGGCCUCUGCCAUUCUAAUGCUAUAUGUGAUCAAGAAAAGAGGCGUUGUAAAUGUACACGGGGUUACGUUGGAAAUGGAAUAGAAUGUAAUAAGAGAAAUGAUUCGUUGUGCUUGAACGAUCGAAGCAUUUGUGACCAGAAUGCCGAAUGCCUCUCAACUGGUAUAUGCCAAUGCAAACAAGGAUUUGAAGGAGACGGGUAUUAUUGCUGUACGGAAAAAGUAACGCAAACAACCGGGAGCAACUGUAAGCAGCAGUGUGUUGCAAAUGAAGAGUGCUACCGCGGGGAGUGUCGAUGCGUCGAAGGAUACAAAAGAGGACCAAAUGCUACAUGCAUGGAUAUCGAUGAAUGCUCAAUGGGUACACACGAUUGCCAUCCAAUGGCGCUGUGUACCAAUGUGCCUGGUUCCUUCAUAUGCAUUUGUCCGAUCGGUUAUCGUGGAAAUGGACGUAAAUGUUCUCAGCAUCAUCUUCUCUACAAUAUGUCCGUAGAUUGUGAACUGGACAGAAUGACGUUAUUUUUGAUCAAUGAUCCCGACUUGUAUGAUAGUCGAAUAUUUGUUCGUGGCCAAAAUGAUAAUCCAUUUUGUUCUAAGAAACUUGACGCUUUGCUUACUAAUGAAACCGAAUACCAUCUCAUAAUUCAGUAUUCCCACUGCAAUGUUAGAGUCGAAGGACCGAACACCAUAGCUGUGACAGUAGUAAUUCAGCGACAUCCGAUGUUUAUCACGGAACAAGCAGACGCUUAUGACAUUAGAUGUACAUAUCCAGUUGGCGUUCGAAAGGUAGCAAGUCAUGUGGGUAUUUCGGAAAUAACGACUACAAAGACUAUUAUUGAGACGGGAGUUGGACCAACCUGCUCAUUAACUGUUACCAAUGAACAAGAUCAGCCGAUUGAUACUGCUACCGUUGGACAACCAUUGAAACUUGCUCUAACUGUAUAUCCAAAUGAUACAUAUGCGGUUCUCCCGCGAAACUGUUUUGCAAUAAAUUUGGAGACUGGUGAGUUGUAUUUGCUAACUGAUCAGUGUGGAUGUGCUAUCGACACGGAACUUUUCCCAGAAUGGACUUAUCGGCAAGUAUGGCUUACAACAGCCAGAUUUCGGACGUUCAAAUGGCCUGAUAGUUCGAUGAUUCGUUUCCAGUGUGACUGUUCGGCAUGUAUCGAAAGCUGUCCAAAGGUUAAUUGUACGGAACGGCAUGAGUCGAUGAAACAACAUCGUUUCCGGCACAUACGUGAAAUUCCAAGAAAUUCCGUAGAUGAAGAACUGGAGAAGCAUCUAGUAAAGGGUGCAAAAUGGAUGGCAUAUUCUCGAACAUUACACGUCAAUGAGGAAGAGGAGCUGGUGCGAGCGCAACGUGACAUGAAACGUUGGAAAUACCAAGAUAUGAAAAGUUUCGAAGAACCGAUAGAUGCCUUAUCCGAUGGUAUUUGUAUUCGGGCUCUUUGGAUAAUACUAUCUCUGCUACCACUAGUGCUCUUGCUGGUGCUUAUUGGUUUACUAUCUGCAAUGUGGCGAAAAACAUCCUCCGCUAAGAUCCGUUGGAGGAGAGCAGCUAUUAAUGAUAGUGCAUCUUCAUAUCUCGAAUUUUAGCAAAAAUGCAUCCUUUAUUUCCGUGUCAGUCCACAAGCAGUUGUUGUUAUUUAUUGUUGUUAUUGUUAUCAUUGUUGUCAUUGAAUUACUCCAACAUUCCGGAAAGUGUGGACUACUGAAUUGCAAAGUUACGAUCAAAUAACCGUCAGUAAUUGCAGAAUACUACCAAAUACGACGUUUACCUGUACCGUUUGCCGGAUUUUGCUUUUAUCUCAAAAUUUUGAAGGAG